CACCCCGUGUCUGAGGACACCGCACGACCGCCAUGGCCCGCGGCCCCCAGGGGCGGGCUGGGCCGUGCCGGGCCCCAUCCUGGGGCAGCGGGGCGGGAUGUGCCGGGCCGGAGAGGUGCCUCCCCCUCCCCGCCCGCCGCCGGGGCCGGUGGCGGUGCCGCCAAGCCGGCUCUGGGUGCGCCGUCCCCCGCGGAAGGGGGAAGAGGGCCGACCUCCGCUCCCGCCGCGGCCCCGCCGCCGAGCAGGUUACCCGCGCACCCAGGGGCGGCCGCCGGUAGGAGCGGCGGAGACGCGCCCGCCUGUCCCCCCGGAGCCAGCCCGAACCCCUGGAAGUGCCUGCUCCGGGAAGGCUGGGGCAGCCGGCUCCCAGAGCCCGCAGCACCGCGGCCGCGCACGCCACCGCCCCGCGGGGGAGGAGAGAGGGAGGGCGGGAGGGAGGCGGCAGCCCCGGGCCCGGAGUAGGGACGGCGGCAGCGGCCGGUGGCUGCGCUCCUCGGCGGCGGCUCGGGAGGCACCGGGACCGGGCGCUCUGUGCCGCUGCCGCCGCCGGACCCGCCGCGGCCGGGGAGAGGCACGCUUGUCCCGCCCGGCCCCUGGCCGGGAAACUAACCGGAGGAGGGAGAAAACCCGGGAGGAAACUGCCUCCUCUCCGCCCUGAACAGCCAGAAAGCGGUCGCCCUUCUCCCGGCGGCCAAGGGCUGCGGCCGAGAAGAGUUACAGACAACUAUCAGGAGGAAAAGGACAGCGUGAUGUGACGCCAAGUGGGAGUAAUGAAUUUACGCCUGUGCUCCUGUCGGAGCGAGCCGGGUCUGUAGCUCCCCAGUUGAUGGAUGCCCAUUAAUACACCUGCAUUCACGUCCCGGCCAUGAGGAGGCACGCAGGGAUUCAGUACGGAGCGGCACAGUUUUGCCAAGUCCUCUCGAAACGUCAAUACCCUUCAAGUUACACCCAAAGGAGAACGAUUUCUCUUGAUUCCCGAGUAUACAGAGGACCGGGGCAGGUUUUUAGCCGGUAACCUUCUACCUUUCAAUAUGUGCUUGCGUGUGCGUGUGUGUGUGGCUGUGUAUACAUAUCUAUCUCCUAGAGAGGGAUUAAUUAGCCGGGUUUGAGCUGAAAGAGGCUGCAGUGACGAGCCCAGUGGCGAUUGGCCGCCCGCCUGCCUGGCCCUGCCUUUAUAAUUUCCACAUGAGUGCAUCUGGGCUCUUAUACAAACCAACAGCCAGCUUCUUCUGACAUACACACACGGCACUUUUUUCCACCAUCUGAUUAACCGCCCUGCACACACACGGUGAUUACUACGGGAAAACAUAAAUAAAUACGAAGAGGUUUUAUUAUUUUGA